UUUAACAAUGUCGGCGGUUCCGAGUGGGGUGAUGGAGAGUGGCCGCAUCAAACCUCGGGAUAGUGCUCGGUUGGUGGCCGGGAGCUGCGGGACUCUGCAGCCUGAACAGCUGGGUGGCCUGGUGCAAUGUCUCCUAUACCAUUUUAAGCGGGGAGAGCAGGGGGAUGGAGCCGGCAUCUCGAACCCUGAGCCCGGGCACCCGGGGGCAGGCGGCGGCCUCCUGGACUGUGGCGGCUGCCGAGAGCCGCUGGCUGAACCUGUCACCCUUCGUUGUGGACACACCUGGUGCCGGCGCUGCCUCUGGAAGAGCCCCCGCUGUCCGGGCUGUGGGGAAGCGGCAGCGGCCGACAUUCAGUCCCUGCGCCCCAAUGUCAUCCUCAGCCACCUGAUGGCCAAGUGGUUCCCGGCCGAGGUCCGGCGGACUCGGGACAAAAUCAAACUGGAGGAGUUAGUGGCCCAGUGCCGCUUUCCUGAGGCCUUAACACUGCUGGAGCAACUGGAACUGAAACCCAGUGAUGUUGCCCUACAGAGCUACAGGGCUGAAUCAUAUGCUGGUCUUCAACUAUUCAAAGAAGCGAUUGAAGAUAUGGAAGCAGUGUGUUCAAGAAGGCCUGCUUGGCCAGAGGGAUACUUUAGAAAAGCUAGAGUCCUAUAUACCAUGGGGCUGGUCGAUGAAGCUGUACAAUCAUUUCUUCAGUGUUUGGCCUUGGAUGAAGAUUUUACUCCAGCAAAAGUAGAAGUGGAAAAGAUUUUGUGUGAUUUGCUGUCACCUGUUCUUGAGAAUGUCAAAGGAUGUCUACACAUCAGAAACAAAGAUUUACCAGAUCACUUGUCUACUAAUGUAGGCUGCUUUCGAAUGACACCAAAUUCAACAGAGCUGAAAGGUGAUGAGCAGAUAUCAUAUGUGCCAAACUCAGCAGAGGGAGAGUUAGCAUGCCCAAGUUGGACCCAGUCAGUUCAAUUGUUACAUAGGGUGGAGAAUCUUGUUGGUUUGAAAAGGAUUUCUUCGGCUCCACUGCUUUCAUGCCAAGAAAAGGCAGUUCUAAUGAAAAGAAAGCUUUCUUUCAGUGAUCAAGAAAUAAGGGAAACUGAUGAUGGAAAGAGUAAGCACCAAAAGCAGGAUACUGAACAACUGUUCCAUUCAUCAAGUUCUGAGAGAACAAUAACUAAGGAUCUAAUCGAUGCAUCAGAUUUUGAGUGUUCUCUUUGUAUGAGAUUGUUCUUGGAACCCAUCACUACACCUUGUGGCCACACUUUCUGUAAAGGUUGUUUGGAACGAAGUUUGGAUCACAAUCCACUAUGUCCACUAUGUAAAGACAGUCUAAAAGAAUAUCUUGAGAAUAGGAAAUAUGCUGUCACCUAUUUAUUGGAAGAAAUGAUUGCAAGGUACCUUUCUGAAGAACUGUGUGAAAGGCAAAGGGUUCACAAUGAAGAAACCGCAGAACUUUCAAAUUUGACCAAAAAUGUUCCCAUUUUUGUGUGCACUAUGGCAUAUCCUACUGUGCCUUGUCCUCUUCAUGUUUUUGAGCCACGGUAUCGGCUUAUGAUUCGAAGAUGCAUUGAGACUGGUACAAAGCAAUUUGGAAUGUGUAUCAGUGACCCACAUAAUGGGUUUACAGAUUAUGGCUGUAUGCUGCACAUAAGAAACAUUCACUUCCUUCCUGAUGGACGAUCUAUUGUGGACACUGUUGGAGGAAGUUGUUUCAAGGUUUUGGAAAGAGGGCAAAAGGAUGGAUAUUACAUUGCUAAUAUUGAAUACUUGAAAGAUGUUAAGGUUACAGGGGAGGAGUUGGAUAAACUUGUGGAUCUUCAUGAUGAAGUAUAUGCACAAGCUUGCAAAUGGUUUCAAAACUUGAAGAGUAGAUUCCACAUUCAAAUCCUUCAGCAUUUUGGACCAAUGCCAGAGAGAGAAACAGAUUUGCAGGGCCCUCCAAAUGGACCUGCUUGGUGUUGGUGGCUUCUUGCUGUUCUUCCUGUGGAUCCCAAAUAUCAGCUUUCUGUGUUGUCUAUGACGUCCUUGAAGAAUCGCUUAAUCAAAAUUCAGAAGAUUUUGACAUACUUCUCCAGUGCAAGAGAUCAGUCCAAGUGACAAUCAGCCUGGACUUGCUUCAAGGGCCAUCCAAUACUCCUAAUCAUGAUUGGACUAUUUGCUAUUUUUUUCAUAUGCAAUGCUAGUUUGAGUGAGAUGUAAGAAGCAGGCAUGGUCUUGAACGAAGUUGCAAAACAUGCUGUAAACAAAGGAAAAUCUGGCCUUAUUUAUUUCCUAGCAAGAAGGGUGGUUGUGAUAGACCAUACUUUAAUCCAAGCUAUUUGUGAAAUUUUGAAUAGGCAGAAAUUCAAAGAAUUUCAUUUGUACUGAUUUGAACUACCUGUGCUGGAUGCACUGAGUUCAGAGCACUGCAGAUAUAUGCUGGCCUUUGAGCAAUAUAAUUAUUAGAAAUCGAAAACUGCCAUCAUGAUUAACACAGAAUAUGGAUUUGUCACUAUCCAUCUUGAAUUGGCUGAAUUUUGCUAGGAUAUAGGUGCUAGCAACCCUCCAAUACUUGCUGAAUUGAGAGGCUGAUGUGCAGCAAGCUAUUUGACUAUGGAAACUAUUGCAGCUGUGCAUCAUGUGCCCUCACUCAGUGGCAGUGUAUGCUCACUUUCCAGGAAGAGUGGCAUCCCGCUUACUAUUCUAAUCAAAAAUGGCGAACUCAACAUAAAACCAGUUUUCAAAUCUGGGACACUCUAGACUGUGGCUUAUCAUCACACCAGGCAAAUAUUGCAUAUAGUCAUGAAUCCUUCAAGCAAGAUAGGAUUCUAGAUUUUCAUAAUGCUACAUUCUAAUUUUUCAGUUCUGUGAAAUGUUAUGUGCUGUGCAGUAAGCUUGUAUCAUCACAACAUUCUAAUUACAAUAAGAGGCCAACCUUAAAACAACUGGAUGUUUUUAGACUUGAAUAUAUAUCAAUUCAAUACAGAUUACAUUUGGCUAAUCUAUCUGUUUGCUGAAAAGUGAACUAAGCUCUGAGUCUGUUUUUGUUUUAAAAAGCAAAAUUCUGUACAUUGUGUUGUCCUGGUUUGUAUCUUUGCUCCAUGGAUUUGUAUUUUUUUCCUGAUUUAAGUGCUGGCAUUGUGUAAAUAUGCCAGGUAUUGACUUCCUCAUCUGUAAAUUUGUAUAAGGUUUCUACAAAAUUCUAGCAUUGGCUUGUAUAUUUAAUUUAUUUUUUGAAUAAAGAUCAGAAAUAAAAA